ACAAACAGCCCCGUCGCCCUCAAACCGGACCACGUCCAUUUUUUAUUUUAUUUUUUUCAUUUUUUUAUUUUCUUCCUUCCCGUUGUGGCUGCUCUGCAUUAAACAGCUGCAAUGUUCCCGUCGUGCCAGUCGAAGCCCGCGGACAGCACCUGGAACCGGAGCGCCGUCGCGAAGCUGCUGCUCGGGGUCUUCGUGGUGUACAUGCUGCACACCGGCUGGCUGCUGUUCGGCUUCAUCAACACCAAACCCUGCGACGGGAGCACGGGAGAGCUCUGCAUCACCUCCUACCUGACAGCACGAGCCCGGCUACAGAUGAGUGUCUUCACCUGCCUAGUGCCAGACAACAGCCAACUCAACCUUGCUGUAAAAAUAGACCCCUUUGACCCACACUCCACAUUUGAGAGGCUGGUGAAUGUCUCUCUGCCGGAGCAGACUCGGGCUAAUGGCACUCUGUUUGCAGUCGUGUAUGUUCACAAAGCCGGUGUUUCCCCUCUGGAGGACAGCAGAGAAGUCCACUACGCAGCUCAGCUCACCACCUACAUCGCUCCCACAUACACAGAGGGGCCGCGAGACGUGCAGAAGAGGUCGAGUCCCAGAUCAGAGAAUCCAGUGUCCCACUGGAGACCCCACCUGUCAAUCACGAUGAUGUCAGAGGACUUCACCUUCAACAAAGCGGGGCUCCCCAGUGAUGUGCGGCGCUACAUGAGAGUCUCUCAGGAAGGCCGACGCACGAUCUACCUCCCUCUGCUGCUGGUCAACGAGCUCAGCUUCAGAGUCAGAGACCUCCUGGAGAUCAGCGGCAGCACUGUGCAGCUCCCUCUGACUGUGUCCUACGAGGGGAUCUCAUUAAGGGGGUUCAGGUUCUGGGUGCAUGUCCAGGACGUGGUUUAUUCCCUGCGACAGUUUGGCUUCACAGAGGAGAACAUAGAUGAAAUCAAAGAAACGUUGGUGGGCUCCAACCUCUACAUGUUAGUGUUGACUGCCGUCAUCACAGCUCUACAACUCAUCUGUGAAUUCUUGGCUCUGAAAAAUGACUUCAGCUCAUGGAGAAAAAAGAAGAGCAUGGUGGGAAUGUCUCGGAAGUCAGUUCUGUGGCGUAGUCUCAGCACUUUGCUGAUCUUCCUCCAUCUGCUAGAGGAGACCAGUCUACUGGUGCUGCUUCCUGUCGGACUGGGAGCAUGUGUGGAGGUAUGGAAGGUGUUUAAGGUGUUCAAGAUCCCGUUUCAAUGGAAAAGCUCCAAGCUCCAUGUAAAUAAGCUGGACGAGGAAGAAAGAAAGACGGUAGAGUACGACACCCAGGCGUCCAGAUACUUGUCCUACUUGGUCUAUCCUCUCUGUAUCAGUGGAGCUAUUUUCUCGCUGGCCUACUUACGCCAAAAGAGUUACUACUCCUGGUUGGUCAACACCCUAGUGACUGGAGUGUAUGCCUUUGGCUUCCUGUUGAUGGCCCCACAGCUCUUCAUCAACCACAAGCUGAAGUCGGUGUGCCACCUGCAGGGGACGGUGCUGAUGUACAGAGGCGUGAACACGCUGAUCUCAGACCUGUGCUCCUGUGCCUCCUUUUUCUCCUCGUCCGGAUCCUUCUCCUCCUCUCAUCAACUGUCCUGCUUCAGAGAUGAGCUCCUCUUCUUCCUCUACCUCUACCAGCGAAGGUGCUACGCCCACAAGGCCAGGAGGCGAGAGUCUGGGACCCACAGCAAGAAACUAAAGACUCAAUGAGGAGAAGACACAUUCCUCUCCUUCCCCUUUUUUCCGACAUGAACGCACAAACACACACACACAACGUUGAAGAUGAGAAAUGGCGGCUCAGGCGGGACACUCGGCCAUGUGCGCCACGGCCGCUUCAAACCGAUCCGGGAUGAGUCGUCCUGCCUCCGACUCCUCGCCGCUGUCCACUCUUGGUGCUGCUGCUUUUCACUCGGCAUCGAUAAAGCUUCCCUCCUCUACGUGCUGCACACGCAGAAUGACGACAGCGUCAUAUCAGCAGUCGUGUUGUGCAUUUGCUCCAUUCUCCCUUUACGAACCACGAUUUGUCCUUUAAAUGAGAGAUUUUCAUAUAUGAAUUUAUACAUAUACAAUGUGUGCUUGUUCCAGCACUUAAAUGACCCUGGGACGGCCUUCUAAUAAAGGCACAGAAGGCUCUGUGAUGUUUUACGCUUGUUAUGGUUGUGCACUAUUACAUCGAAUGAAAAUGACUUUGCACAAUUAUCCCGAUUCAGCGCAACAUAUUUGAUUCAUUUGAAAUCGUUGGGAUCCUGACUAGAAGUCAAAGUGAUGUCCGCUGGUUUGAACAUUGCAUGGCUUUGCAGCACAAGUGUGUAACGAGAGACGUACAGGUGCAACAUGGACGCUACGAGAAGGACAGAGCGGCCACACGAAGCCCUCGCCGCUCUUCAUCGAGAACAUUCAACACACGAAUGACUUGUGUGGCUUCGUCGAGAGUCCGAUCGGGUCGUCCUGCAGGUCGAAGGUCCAUGUCACCUGUUGUCUAUAUUUAAUGUCGUCAUAUCCAGAUUAUCAUUAGACAAAGGAACUUUGGGAUGUUGUCAUCCUCGAUGUUCACCCCUGUGUAUGACAUAUAGUUCCACUUUACUGUACCAUUAUUUUCUCCACAUUGACCUUGUAUUGUUAACACGUAAAAAGAGACCACGCUAUUGUCAGCAAGUUCACUGCAAACAUCCUGAUGCCGUGUGUCCAUGAAGUCCCUGCAAUGUAUUUUGACCUACAACAAACAAUAUAGCUGCUUAAUGGAAGUGUCGGUCCCUUUCAUUCAGCAUCACGUGGUACGACACACAUUUGUCUACAGAAGGUAUAAACACAGCACUUUAAAUUAACUAUUUUAUUAAGCUGUUUAUUGUGAUCAUAUUACACUGAUCUCUGCACUAAUGCUUUCAUUAUUCGCUGACUGAACUGCUUGAGCUGUAGAAUUAUUUGAAUUUGAAUUUGAAUGAACCUCAAAGGAUUUUUUUAAUACAUUUUUACUUUUCAUUGUUUGAGCAAUGCAACCUGCUUGUUUUUUGUAUUAUUAUGAAAUACAAAUAAAAAUGUAACUGCC